GUGGGAUCUUGAAGGGAGAAGUAAAGCACUGCAGGGCAGGGGAAGAGCAUGGGAUCCCUAUGUCAUCUUGUCGGGUGGCUUCCACACCAGAGCAGUGCUUGUGAGAGACAAAUCCCUGCAUCUUGGCCACAUCCAACCAGCUGGGAGCUGUGGGAGGAGGUGGGGUAGACUGGGCUGGGGAAAGCAGCCUCUGGUCCUCAGCACCAGCAGAGAUUCAUGAUGUUGUGCUCUCACAACACUGUUCAGAGUUGUGGCACUCUUCAGCGCUGCCUGUGCAUGGCGUCUCAGGGUGCUGCCCUGAUCUGCUCUGUGUGCUUGGAGCAGUACGAGGCCCCAGACUUCCCGGGGUGACCAAGAGCCAUCCUCACCUGGCUACUUCUUACUGACUGCUGUUGGUCAUAGAGCUCUAUAAAUGUUUUCCUUCUCUGGAUCCUAUUCUUUGUAGGUUUAUUUUGUCAGAGCAUUGUGCAAGGGCUCAGCCCAGAGCCCUGCAUUCCUUUGGAUGGCAGCACAGCUAAGACUGAAACAUACAGCGCUGAGCACUUUAGUAGCUUGUUCUCCCUUAUAAAUUUUACUCUCUUAUCACUGACAGUCAGCGGAGCUGUGCCAUUAACUCAGUAACAAGAGGCUUGUGUUUUUGGAACGAAAUAUUCCCAUGCCACUUGUAUGUGGCUUAGCUGGUGACAACAAAGCCUUUAUCUAUCACAGCUCUUCUAGAUAACGGGUCCCUCCGCCAUUGUUUCUGCUGAAAUGUCAUCAGGAGUUUCUGUACAGAUGUUCAGGGUUGAAUCCUGUCCCUGGUUGCUCAUCAGUCCGAUAGGUUGCUCUUGCGGAGCGGAACAAAGACGCAGCAGCUCGCACUGUGUCUGUCAGCACGAAGCCUUGCUGGAUGGAGCUGCCUGCUGGAGGUAUUUGUGCUGCAGGCAGGGAGAUCAACAUUCUGUUCAUAGGGCUGCUUUAAGCAGCCACUUUGUAGGAAACCGUGCUUUCUUCUGUGAUGUUAAUAUGUGAGAUUGAGUAGGGGUGAACCUGAGCCAUCCCAGAGUGAUAAACUUCAUAGGAGGUGACCUUCCCUGGCAUUGUUAUUACUGAAUUUUAAUCCAAUUUGGUGUAGGGGAAACUCUUUGGGAUGCUGUUGUCAGAUUACGCUGCUUGCUGACAUGAUUUAGGCCUCAGCUCUUUUCAUCAACAGAGAGGCUGAUGUUCUUGCUCAGGGAAUGGCACUCUGCCAAACUGAAAUACCUACCUCAUGCUCUCAGAGCUGGGCUGCUUUUCUCUUCACUCUUGAUGAACCUCCUGCAGCAUCAGUCCCACGGAACAGCAGUAGCCCUGUGCCCAUUGGAUCUGCCUCGUUGCAGUGGGGAACUGCAGAGAAAAUUCACCUCCAUGCAGAGAACCGGCACAAAAUGGAAGUACUCAUCAGCCUAUACUCAGAACUGACAAAUCCUCCUUUAAAAGUUGCAGAGGCUUCAUGCUAAACCCUGCACAAAGGUGAUUUUUUUUCUCUCUCAGAACAUUAUGCACAGUCUAAAAUUGUCCUUGGUUACUUGAAAGCUUAAAGGAGUUGCACCAGGCAGUUAAAAGCAGAAUCUGACUGCCUGCAAACUGCAGUGCUGUCCUUUGGGAUAAAAGGUGCUUGAGAAAUGGAAGUUCUGAUGAUUACCUAAAAAACUCUCAUCUUGGUGUGUCAUGGGGUAGUGCUCAAAGUCACACACAUUCAGAGAGCAAAAGAAAGGGCCCCUGGAGGAGAUUUUUCAUGAGGGCCCAGCACUGACCUGCACAUCCUCGAGUUACAGAUGGAGGGAGGACUGGGAUCAGAAAAUAGAGGUGGUUUGAAGUUCAGGUGAUGAAAAGUGGUAGGCUGCCAUUCAAAGACAGGAUUAUGGGUUAGUGCUUCUUUAGUAGUUUGUGGGGGAAGAGCUUAAGGCCACAGCAUUGCUGAUUUAUCAACACAGCCAACACUGUGCAUGGUAUUUGAGUCGCUUCUAAAUCCAGCCGCUGGCAAUGAAAAGCACAUUUAAUCCAUGUGUUAGAUUGUUUGAAGAGGUAUCUGUCUCCUGGUCUCUCCCCAUGGUUGUGAUUGCUGAAAUUGAAAAUGAGGUGAGAGAGGAGAUUUUAACCGUUUCACAAACACUUCUCUCGAGAGGGUCACGGCUCCAGUGGCAUCUUUAGCACCUGGGAGACUGAGAAAUGAAAGGCUCCCCAUCCCUUCCUGCUCCCUGCAGAGAGAAGCCCUGCUGCCUAUCCUGUGACUGAGGAGCAAAAAUCAAAGACAGGAUUUGUAUUUAUUGUUUUGAACUGGUUUGGGGCUUGGAGGUUUUUUGUUUGUUCUCUUUGAUUUCUGUUGUUUGUUUGUUUGUUUGUUGUGCUUUGUUUUGUGUUUUGUUGUUGGGUGUUUUUUCCUCGAGAUGAGAUUAAUGCUCUGCAUUAGGAGUUCCAGGAUUCAUUUGCACUGUCGGCUCUGAUCCCCACCACCAUAUGAAGAAAUACUGAAAUAAAUCCCUUACUAAAGUAAUUAUCCUUGGUCUUUUUUCUUUGGUUCUCUACCGUGAAAGAGUAUUAUUGUUUAUCUAGUUGUCCCAAUGGCUAAUUCCUCCCCUAUUUAAAACCCUUACACUCUAUCAGCAAGAAUGGCUGUGGGAAGUUACAAACAGGAGUGCAAAGAAUGUCAGUGCAAGAACAGAGGACAGUCUUCAGAUCAGGUCUGAAUUGCAUCCAUAGAGUUGCACCUGGAAUAAAAAAGGGGCAAUUAGACAGCAAGCUUAAGCUAUACUUGCAGCUCUGAUACACAUAGAGCAAAUGAGUAAGAAUUAAAGAGCAUCAGUAAGUGGAUGGAGAGAAAAUGGGGUGAAAAGGUGUGGAAGUUGCUUGAGAAUGAGGUGCAUUGGUAAAACAUAGACUGUUACAGGUUGGUAUGGAUGUAUUGGACAAAACCUCAGGGCUCUGGUUGGAACAGCAGGCAUGUGGCAGGUCACAAUGGCUAUGUGUCACGCUACCCGCAAGUCCCAGCACACAAGUCCUGCUGCUGUAGGACAGGCUGAUGCUCAAUAGGCAGAGCUGCCUGUGGACUGCUGAUCAAUCUGCCCUGGUACUGCAUAGCUCACCUCAGUCCUAUGAAUACCAAUUCACCCAGAAGAAGCAGCAUGAAACGAGAGUGUGCACAGAAUCCAAGAGAGCGUGCAUAGAAUCCAAGAGAAAGCAAGAGAAGAUCUUCCUUGUAGUUAGAAAUGAGACGUAGAAAAGGGUUUUUGCUGGCAAGGCAGACAUUGCUCAGCUGUGCUCUGUCACCAACACGCAGCAUGGAAGCCAUCGCCAAGUUUGAUUUCACUGCUUCUGGAGAGGAUGAGCUGAGUUUCCAGGCUGGGGAUAUCCUGAAGGUUUUGAGCUCCCAGGAAGAGUGGUACAAAGCUGAACUCCGCAGCCAAGAGGGCUAUGUUCCUAAGAAUUUCAUUGAUUUUCAUGUUCCUCCCUGGUUUGAUGAGAAGAUAUCCCGACACGAAGCUGAGAGCAUCCUCAUGAGCAAAGGAGUUGGUUCUUUCAUUGUCCGAGCCAGUCAGAACUCUCACGGUGACUUCUCCAUCUCUGUCAGGCACGAAGAUGAUGUACAGCACUUCAAAGUGAUGAGGGACUCAAAAGGAAACUAUUACUUGUGGACAGAGAAAUUCUACUCACUGAACAAGCUGGUAGACUACUACAAGACAAGUACCAUCUCCAGGCAGAAGCAGAUCCUCCUGAGGGAUGACAGCCGAGAAGAGAAGGAAAGGCGUGGUGGGAGCCUGGAACGAAUGAGCCGGGAUGGACUCCAUGUGGGUGGAGCUGCUGGAGAAGCUCAUUCUUCUAUGCCCAAGAGAUAUGUGGACCAUCCUGUCCCUGUGUUGCACCAGCAACAGGAUAGGUACGGAGGGAGCCUGGACAGAAAAGAUGCACUGCAUGGACUAAGGUAUCAUAGCCAAGGAAGUGCAGCAGCUAUGCAACGGAGACACACAGACCCACUGCACCAGCAGACACCGCGUAUACUGUGGGUCCGUGCCUUGUAUGACUUCGAUGCUAUGGAGCACGAUGAGCUGGGCUUCCGCAGUGGAGACAUCGUGGAAGUCCUCGACAGCUCCAAUCCAUCAUGGUGGAAAGGACGUCUGCGUGGGGAACUGGGUCUCUUCCCUGCCAACUAUGUCACACCGGUGCUACUGUGAGGCUGCAUUUGUGCCCCAGAGGUCCAUAUCAGAGCUGCUCGUCUGACAUGACAGGGACAGAGAAGCAGUGUAUCUUCCCAUGUUCCCAGGGCAUUUGGUGGUUUUGGUUUUGUCUUAAUUUAUUGGCAAUUGAUCUUCUGAGAUGCUGGUGAGAAAGAGAACCCUCUGAAGGAUUUUCCCCCCUGUUUUGCAUAUUCAUGACUGGGAGGGGAGCAAGAAUGCUGGCCUGUUAAUUGAAAUCUUGCUGGAUCCUCCCUGCCCCAUCAUUCCUUUGGCUAAGUAUUGAUAACUUGCUGCAGUUAAGCUUGUUCUGUGGAAAUUCAACUCAGAGAAGUCAGGCUUCAAUAUCUGGGUAGAACCUACCCCCUUUUUUUUCUUUCUUUUUUUUUUUUUUUUAAUCUGGUUGCAUUCAUAGUCCCUUCAGGCUCUGUUUCACCUCUUUCAGAGGAAGGACAAGUGCCCAGGUGAAUAAAAUGAUGACUGAUAAUCCCAUUUCCUUUAGGCAGGGAUGAAAAGCCCUUAAGCUGAGGUGCAAGGCAACCAUGACUUUUAUAAAUAGUUUUUGGCUUGCACCUCUAGCACUUUCUGUGGACUUCGGCUGUGUGGAUACCAGGUGAAAGGCUGAAAUCCUCUAAGUUUAUGUACAAACAACCUGGUGGUGAAGAUAUGGGAGGGUAAGAAGCUAAUUUCAGUGCUUCUACAGACAGCCCUGCUCUCCUGUACUUCCAUCUGCACCCUAUAGCAACAAUUUGUCUCAUUUUCAAGCUGCUUUCCAAGGCACCUGUGCAUCUUUGUAGAUGUCCUGGUUAGAGCAGAUCAAGCCCUUCAGCUAAAUGAAUAUCAUCUGGAUUGGAUAACAGUGGGCGAGCCUUACUGGUUCCUUUUUACAACUGAACUGGGGAGGGGCUGGGAAGAAGAGAUUUUUCUGGUUUGGUGCCAGAAUUUUUGUCCCUGCGAAGGUGGGGUGUUUUGGAUCACUGCAUACACAGCUCUGACUUGCCUCAUGCGAAUCACUGAGCUGUUACUUUACAGUAUGCAGGGAAUAAAGUUGCGGCCAUUGAAUAGUCUGUUCCAGUUUCUUUCACAUGAAAUAAGGUAAAUGAAUAGGAUUUCAAAUCGUGGCUGAGUGAAUGCCAAGACGUGAUACAAAUAUACUGCAAAUGAAUAUUAAAAAUGAUCCAAAAGAGGCACUGCUGCAUAACCACUGCUCACACAAGUUUAUAUUAAACAAGCUGCCUGAUUUUUUCACAACAUGUGGGACCUCAGCAGUCAGCAAGGAAGUGGUGAUUUAUCAUUCUUGGGAAAGAAAGAAAAGGCAAGUGAAAAAUUCUAAAAACAAAUUAGGCUCGGCAAGAAAAAUGUUCUUAUCUUUUGUUAGUCCCAGAGGGAGGAAAAAAAAAAAAAAAAAAAAAAAAAAA